GCGCCAUAUUCCUACCAGUUGCUCUUACGCUUUGGAGAUAAAACAGCCAUUCCUGCUCCUCCUAAAUUCAUCUUUGUGGAUAGAGAGUGAGUGAUCAAAAUGCAGACAUAUCCUCAAGGCCAACAACCGGUUUUUAACCAACCGACUGUAACGGUACAGCCAGCAGCACAGACAAUCAUUCAGGUGACUCAAGUGACUGGCAAUCCCAUGAUGCCUCGCGGGCCACCACGUGACUGGACUACGGAGAUGUGCGGAUGCUGUGACGAUAUGACCAUUUGUCUGUGUACGACAUUUGUGCCCUGUUAUCCAUGCAUGCUGGCCGCGGAUAUGGAUGAGUCCUGUUGCGUGCCUAUGUGCAUCCCGUCCGCUCUCAUCUCCAUGCGUGCAGUUGUACGUUCACGCCACAACAUCGCUGGCAACCUGAUGAACGACUGUGUUUGCAUGACCUUCUGUGGCCUUUGCGUCACCUGCCAGCUGGGACGCGAAGUGCAGAUGAUCAAGAAUGGACGCGCUAUCCCAUAAUCGUCUAUUGUGACGUAACGAUAGCGUCACUAGUACGAGAGAGAUGCGAUGAAAAGGGGGAAGGCGGGGAUAGCAUCUUGUGGAAUUCUAAAUUGAUUUAAUGUCAUUCACUUCACGUUCUUUCACUUUUUAAUGGUUGUGCCUUUUAUUUUACAAGUCGUAAGUAUUCACAUGUUGGUUCCAUCGACAGAGAUGUCAGCUGACCCCUUUGUAGAUAUGUCAUCAUUUUUUAAUCGCGGGUUUUAAUGCCCCUUUCUAUCAUAAUUGUACUAUUCGUGUGUCUAAUUGGAAGUUGAGAAUAUUCUGACUUUUCUCCUAAUCCCCUCUCCCUCUUUUUUUUUUUUUUUUUUUUGGGGGGGGGGAGUCAUCUGAAAGGGUAAAGACAUGGCACAGUCCUAUAUACAUCGAAUUCCGGGGGCAACACUACUGGAAGUUUAUUCCUAUACCGCACCGUAAUGUGUUUCAGAGUGUGUGUUUGUGGUGGGGUUUUGUGUAUAAAGGGUAUAGGUGUGUUAUUUCUCGGUGGAGUUGACAACUUUUGUCUGAUUCUACAGUAACUGAAUAAAGAAAGCGGUGAUUAUCCUUUGUAAUUUUGCAGACCGUACUAAUUCUUUACCAAUUUGGUAUAAUACCUGGAAUUUGGGGGUCUUUUAUUACUUCAAAUUCAAAUUCAAAUUUAUUUAUUUCACUUCCAUCAAACAGAAACAAAUUGUAUACCAUAUAUAAAUAUGAAUAUUUUUAUCCGUUGCAAAAAAAAAAUUAAUGAUACAUAUGUUGUGAAAAAACACUUAGACAAUUUGGGCAACACAUUGUAGGUUUUAAAUAUGUAUACUAUUAUACAAUAGAAAUUAGAUUAAGAUGGAAAUGGGGGGACCCACUAAAAUGCAAUGCUUGUACAAUACUUAUCCAACCAUGGAUUAUGUCAUUGUUCAAUACUGAACUUUUCGCCAGAGUAGAAGGUACAUAGGUCAGUUGUCUACAUGGUCUGUGCUUUACUUUUAUGGUUUGGAGAAAAUGUUUACAAAAAAUUUAAAUUAUGUUAGUGGUUUGACUAAUUUUUUUUUUUUUUGGGGGGGAGGGUCCGCUUAAGAAAUUUAUUAUAUAUAUACUUAUAAUUCUACAUUUAUACGAAAAGUUGUAUUAGCAGAGUUGUAGCAUUGACUAUGUCCAUUUAUAUACUAAUGCCAAAUUGCAUAAGAUUACAGAAGAAAUAAGUUGGCAACUGUUGAAACAAAAUAUGCCUACUAGUUAUUGAAAUGAUUAGUUUGGUUACACUGAAAGAAAUAUUUGGUUAAAGGAUAUGUUUAGUAAUAAUUGGGAUGCUUAAAAUUACCACUUAUGUAAAUACUGCCAAGUGACAUAAGAUAAUAAAUAAGCAGCACAAUUAAAAAAAAUUGCCUAAAUCUUACUUAAAUGAUAACAUUGACACAUUGGACCUUUCUUUCGUAAUUCCUAUAGAACUUCAAUAUUAUUAUGUAGCUUAAUUAAAUGUUACCAAAAUGCUGCGUUUACGUUAAUUUGUACAAGUAUUAUGACAGAUAAGAUAUCGAUUGGAUAUCGAUUAUGUAUCGCUUUAUCUCUUAAUUUGAAGUGAUUAUCGUGGGGUUUUUAUAACUCUUUCUAAUCAGUUGUAUCUAGUGUUUUGUGAGUAUCCAGGUUUUUAUAGUAUAUCGCUCGUAAUAAAGAUCCAAGUUUGAUGUAGUAUAUCGAAAGACAGCCAAAGCAUUUUAAAAGUUUGCAACCCUUUUUUUCUGUUUAUUGAUUUUUUACAUAUGGCUCUUUCUAGAAAGAGAAUUCUUAGUUUUGGGGGGUAAAACAAGGGGUACGAAAUUUCGGAGAAAGGUAGUAAAUGCUAAUAUUGAAGACAAGAAAUACCACUGGAAUUUGGGGGUCUUUUAUAGUGAGCUGUAAAAUGUCGAAUGCUGACAUGGUUGAGAAUGCUAUAUUAUUAAGUUUUAUUUUUAUUUUGUAUCCUGAGUGAUAGUAAAGGCAUUGAAAAUAGGUAAAAGCCCUGGUCAUGACAAUAUAACAGUUUCUAUCAUUAAAGAAUCUCUAUAUUUUAUUCUGGCUCCACUGGUACAUAUUUUUAACCUCUCAUUGUUCUCAAGUACAUUUCCUUCUAGUAUGAAACUGGCACGGGUGACUCCGAUCUAUAAGAAAGGCUCUUCUGACCAAUUUUGUAAUUAUAGACCGGUGUCUCUCUUGCCUGUCUUUUCUAAAAUUUCGGAAAAACUGUUCUAUUCAAGACUGCUGGAUUAUAUUGAGAAAAAAAAAAUUCUAACAAAUUUCCAAUAUGGUUUUAGAUCAGGACAUUCAACUUUAUUAGCCUUAACACAUUUUGUUUGGAUCAAAUGUGCACUUCUCUUAAUGAGAGCAAACAUUCCAUAUGUUUAUCAUUAGAUAUAUCCAAAGCAUUUGACUCAAUUAUUCAUCAAGUCUUGUUAUAAAAACUGGAAUACUAUGGUGUGAGGUAUUUUUCAUUACAGUGGAUUAAGAAUUAUAUAAAAAACAGAAAACAAUAUGUUGUUUAUAACAAUUCAACUUCAUCUAAAAAAAGAGCUGACCUGUGGAGUACCCCAAGGGUCAAUAUUGGGGCCUUUGCUUUUCAUUUUAUAUAUAAAUGACCUACCAAAUGCAUCCUCUGCUUUCUCAUACAUUAUUUUCGCUGACGAUACUAAUGUGUUUGCAAGUGCAAAAGACCUAGGUACCUUAAUACAAAACAUAAAUAAAGAAAUACAAAAUGUAAAUGAUUAGUAUAAAGUGAAUGGGUUAAGGAUAAACAUUGACAAAACAAAUUUCAUGCAUUUUGUCCCAUGUAAUAAACAAUAUGAUAAGAGCUUACAUUGUUUGCGGACUCAUCAGAACCCUUGAGGCAAGUGAGUAGUACCCGUUUUGGGGGAGUUAAUAUUGAUGACAAAUUUUCAUGGUCUUUACAUGUUAACGAUAUCGCACUGAAGAUAUCAAGAAUAAUUGGCGUCAAAGCCGAAAUUUGUACUACCAUCAAAUGUAUAACCGUUGUUAUACAAUACCUUGGUUCUACCUUACUUUACAAUAUGGGAAUAUGUUUUGGAUGAAUGCAUCAAAUACAUUGUUAAAUCGAUUAUAUCUGUUGCAAAAGCGUGCAUUACGUAUAAUUGGUAAAACGCAUUAUUUGGCUCACACAAAAGACCUUUUUAAACAAUUUAGAGUACUAACUAUAUACGAAUUGUGUAAGUUACAACUUGGAGAAUUCAUGUACAGGUCUGAAAAGUGAUUACUACCAAAGUCACUCAAAAAUUGGUUUAAUGCAACAGUGAUGUCCAUUGUCAUAAUACUCGUAACUCAAAGAAAUUACAUAGCAUAUAUUUUAGGACCACUACAGGACAGAGAAGUGUGAAGUAUCAGGGCUAUCUAGUAUGGUCUGCUUUAGAUGAUAACAUGAAACAAAGUCCAUCAUUACGGCAGUUUAACUCUUACUCUGCCAGGCCCAUUACCCUUCUACUGCCAGGGAUAUUCGAGGGAAUCCUAAAUUGACCAAACCGUGAGCAGCGGCUGAUUUUAAAACGGUCAUAAUUCUUUACCCGUACGUUGUAUAAUGAAACCUUCUACACAUGAAAUGAUGCAUGGUUCAUGGGCUUUAUGAUCGUGUUAUUAUCUUUCAUAUUCGCGUUUGUAAAAAUGGAGAAAAGAUGUAAUAUUUUACAUCGUUUUUUUUUUCAAUUAGUAAAACCUAGAAAAUUAUGAUUUCAUGAACAUUUCAAAGAGUAAAUAACCUGAGGAAUUGUAGAGAUACCUAGAAAUUAAGAAGAUAAAAUGAAAGUUCAAUGUUUACCCUUUCAAAUGACGUAUCUAUUGAUGAAAUUGAAUAAACAGAAAUAACGAAAAAUAAUGCUCUUAAUGAAAUUCUAUUUUGCUAUUCAAGUUAUUUCCUCUGAAGUACGAGAGAGUAUAUAUACACACGCAAUUGAAAGCGACCUGUUCCAAAAAAGGACAUUGUCGUCAAUCAAGUGACCAAUCACAGCACAGCUGCGAUCCCCAUGCAAACACACACAAUAAUAUAUUAGCGCCAUGUAUCUUCAAAGUGCGGCCAACCGAACCCUUUCAUUCGUGUAGUCGUCAAAAUAAGACUGUGUAAUUUUUUUAUUCGUAGUGUAACAAACAAAGUUAUUGCCAGUCAGAAGGAGACAAAAUAUAAAAGAACUAAAGAUGAUGUAUUGAAAUAUAGAUAAAGAGGGGUCGGACAGAUUCAAUACUUACAAGUUUGGGGUAUAAAAUCCCACAAAAUAAUAUGGGCGUUCAUGGCAAAGUGCACAGAAGUGAUAAACAAAUGUUUAUUUUUCGUGAAUCAAAGAAGAGGAAAUGCAGAUCAGUUACAAACAAAAAAAUCAAUACAAAUUUUCAAAAAGAAAAUAGGCCUAUUUGUUCUGUAUUACUGGUCUGACCAAAGUAGCCACCUGUUAACAUUCUACGCAACUACAUUCUUUUGUUCAUGCCACCAAGUCAUAAACAAUAGAUGCCCAGACUCUCUUUCAUGAGGAAUCUCUUAUCCGCGCUCCCUCCUGAUCUAUUAUCUAGGAGAGUAAUUUAGCACAGGAUGUUCAUAGAAAUCGGGGCUCAUGGGCGUCUUUUGAUUUGACUUUUGAAUACUUUCAAAGGUUCCGGUAUUUAUUUCUUUUUACAUGUUGUUUUUUUAUGGGUGACCCUGGUAAAGAGAAAACAAUUUUCCCCCUGCAGAAAAAUCCUGCAUCCGCCCAGGGCCUCCCCAGCUCGUAGAACUAUCCAUGGUAAAAAAAAAAUUGUUCAGAUAGCAUAAUGUACAAUAAUAUGCUUGGUAUAAAGAAAUAUAUUAAUAUUCAAUCCGUUAUCGUCGUUAUCAUUUUCAUUUCUACUCUCUAAAGUCGUUUUAAAAUCCCCUUGAUAGUGACGUCAAUGAUGCAGCAACUAACAGGUCGGUCUGAUCGGUUUUGUUAAUGAAUCCCUUUCUUUCUUUUCCUCAAAACAUCUGAUAUUACUGUAUAUACUCCGUUUACUUUUUCCCUGACCAAUGGUUUGAUUUAGCAAAGGAAAAACAUCCACCUUGAACAAAAAAAACAAAUCUUGGGACGAAUAAAGUGGUAUUAUCGGCCUUUUUAAUUAUCACAUUUUUUUUUUGCUUCUUCCUAUUUUAUUCGAGGAGAAUAUUGAACGGUUCAUAUUUUUGUGAGAAGUUUGAAUAUGAUAUUGAUAAGCAUAACAAUGUCAAUCAUUCUUUUUUUUUAUGGUUUGGGCUAUAAAAACACAAACGAAUAUGAACCGUUAUUUAACUGAUCUUAAGUUUAUGAAGAUAGAGUUUGGCUACAGAAGGAAUGCAAUUGAUAUGAUUACGAGAAUUACUUUUGAAUAAUAAUCAUAAUGAUGAUGAUUCUGAUGGCAAUAACAUUAAUAAUAAUAAGAAGAUGAAGGAGAAGAAUAAUGAUAAUAAUGAUAAUAAUAAUAACAAUAACAAUAAUGAUAAUAAUGAUUACGAUAAAAGUAAAACUAAUAAUGAUAAUAAUAACAAUAAUAAAUGAAUAAAUAAAUGAGUGUGAUGAUUGCAGUGCGACGAGAGUUGGAAAUGAUAGCCUUCUUUACUCAUAUAUUUAUAACGAGACCUUUCCCCCCGCCCCCCCCCCCCCUCCCCCAAAAAAAUCUCCCCCAAACCGUGCACAUUUGCAGGCAGAAAAAAACCUUGACACAAGAAUACUACCAUACCGGCCUGCAAAAGACCCGAUCGAUAGCUCAUGAAUAUUCAUAAAACAAUAGCGAAUGGGCGAGUAGUGUUGGGUGAGAGACAUAGUACCGCUCUGUCAUUGGUCAACUCCAAGCUGAAUGCCUUCGCACACUCGCCUUUGCUCUGCCCGUAGAAGUACGUGUAUUGCUACACACAACAUUUAUAUCACACGUGUCUAUAGGGAAAAUCUUGAUUCAGAUCGCGACAAUAUCCGAAAUCAACUCUUCAAAAUAAUGUUGCGAAAAUCCCAUUUUACUCAAAAAAUGUCUAUGUAAACCACUAUUUUUUAUAUGACAAAAUCAAUUGUGAAUUCCUUGCCAAAAUAACAACAUAAAAAACACAAAAUAUGGUGUUGAUUUUCUGGCUGUAAAAUUGGUUAAACAAAAAAAAAGUUACUUGGGCAACUAUAGCUGCCAAUGGCUCUUAAAGAGUUAAGAUGAAAUACAAAAGGUAUAUGUGCAAUUCUAAAUAAUCAUCAAUCAAAAUCAGUGUGUAAUUUGUUUUAAUUCCCUUUUUUCUGUCCCCCCCCCCCCUUACUUUCUAUCAGGUUGAUUUUAAAGUGUUCACUGGAGGAGAGAGCUACUCCGGGAGCUUAGUUUGUCACGGUCAGAGUGCCUAACGCCUCUGACCGUACGUGCUCCCGGGGUGGGCCUCUCCUUCAUUCUCGUAUUCUCCUUUUCUAGCCCCAGUCACA